AUGAUCGCUGCUCUUCGCCCGUCUGUCUCGCUGCUCGGCAGGUCUGCCAUGCGCGCCGCACCCAAGCCGUUUGCGGCGCCGAUGCGUGCUGGCUUCGCGUCGAGCGUGCGCGCGUGGGGCGUGCAGAAGCGCUUCACCGAGGAGCACGAGUGGGUGUCGUUCGACGACGCCACCAACAUCGGCACGGUGGGAAUCACCGACUACGCCCAGAAGUCGCUCGGCGACGUCGUCUUCAUCGAGCUCCCCGAGGCAGGUGCCCAGGUCAAGAAGGGCGAUGACAUCGGAGCUGUCGAGUCUGUCAAGGCGGCUUCGGACAUCUACGCUCCCGUCUCGGGCCAGAUCGAGGCAGUCAACUCGAAGCUCAACGACGAGCCAAGCCUGCUCAACAAGCAGCCCGAGGGCGAAGGCUGGCUGUGCCAGAUCAAGCUGACCAACCCUGCUGAUUUCGAGACGCUGCUCACCGCCGAGGCGUACCAGAAGAUCUGCGAAAACUAA